UCUCCUUGCAAAAAAAAAACACCACCUACAAUGAGAACCGCCGUACACCUCCUCCUCCUCUCCAUCGCCGCCGUCCAAGUCGCCGCCGCCGCCGCCAAUAUAACCGCCGUGUUCGCCUUCGGCGACUCAAUUCUCGACGCCGGCAACAACAACGGACUCCUCACCAUCGCCCAAGCCAACCACGCGCCGUACGGAAUCAAUUUUCCGGGCCGGGCCGCCACCGGCCGAUUCUCCGACGGAAAGUUGACGUCAGACAUCAUCGCGUCGGAGCUUGGGAUCAAGGCCGCCGUGCCGGCGUACCUUGACCCGGCGGUGACCGACGGCGACCUCCUCACCGGCGUCAGCUUCGCCUCCGCCGGGAGUGGGCUGGACGCGGCCGUGACGCCGCGCGUGGGCAAUGUUGUGAGCCUGGAGAAGCAGAUGGAGUACUUCCAGACCGCGGCGGCGAGGAUGCGGCGGAGCGCCGGCGAGGCGGCGGCGAACCGGAGCAUUGAGAACGGUUUGUUCUUGAUAUCGGCGGGGAGUAAUGAUAUGAUGAUAAAUAAGUAUAUAUUGCCGUUAAGACUGAAUUUCAGUGUGUCUCAAUACCAGGAUUUCCUUAUCCAGAAAAUGGACGCAUUUAUUAGGGAAUUGUAUAGUGUGGGAGCAAGAAGAGUGGCGGUGCUGGGGAUGCCGCCGCUGGGGUGCGUCCCGCUCAUAAUUACCUGGGAAAAAAUCAAACACUUCCACCUGCCCGGUUCGGACCGGACCUGCGUCGAUGCCUACAACUCCGAUUCCGAAGCCUUCAACCUCAAGCUCCGACAGCUUUUGUCUGAUCUGCCGCCGUCACUUGGCAGCGCCGUCAAAGUUGCCUACGUGGAAACCUACGCUCCGGCAAUGGACAUGAUCAAUAGACCUGCCGCUUAUGGGUUUGAGGACACAGUUUGGAUGCUGUGGAUUUGGUACAGUGGAAAUAGGGAAUCUGUGCACAAAGAGUUCGAUAUUGUGUAGGAAUCCAUCAAAGUAUAUGUUCUGGGACUCUGUUCAUCCCUCCCAGGUUGUCUACAACGUUUUCUCUAACAUCAUCAUCAACAAUAUUCUUCCCAAACUAAUCUA